AUGAACAUGGAAUCUCUCAGUUUUAGUUGUAUUAGGCCACAUACGUUUUUUUCUAAAACAUAUUUCUUGAAAGUGAUGGAGGAUGAAGUUUGGAUAUCGGCUGUAAUUCUUUAUCCAAAUAUUCAGUUUAGCAAUUACUAGAACCCAAAAUAUCGAAUAGAACUCAAAUUAACGACAUAAAUUUUAUGGAAAAUGGGAAAGCAAUCAUUAAAAGCCUUUGGAAUAAUUUACCAGAAUAAAAUUAAAUAUUUUGAAGCCUAAUAGAUACAUCUUGAAUCCUUAAAAACAACUAUUGGAGCCAAAGUGAUUUAUAGGAACAUGGCAUCAUUUUAUGAGCCAGUUGAAUUUAUAGGAGAAGGAUUGUCAGCUAAAGUAAAUGCAAUUAUUAUUUUAGGUAUUCUAAAGUAUUGAGAAGAAGACCAAAAAAGAAGUGGCUGUGAAAAUGAUAAAAUAGGAAUUUGGAAGAGAAGAUCAAGCUUUGGUAAGUAAACUAAAUUGAUUUUUAUGUUUUAGGACAUUGUCAAAACUGAAGUAUCAAUUCUAAAGUCACUUAACCACUAGAAUAUUAUAAAGGUCCUUGAAGUUUAUGAAAACGAUCAAACUUUUUGGAUAGUUUAAGAAUUUGUAGCAGGCACUCCAUUAAGUCAAAUAUUAAAACAAAAGCUUCCAAUCCAUUAAAUUAAAACAAUCAUGAUUGUAAUAUUAAUAAAACUACAAAUAGGGCUUAUUGCAAACUGUUUGCUAUUUAUAAUCUUAAAAAAUUGUCCAUAGAGACAUAAAACCAGAAAAUAUCAUAAUAUAAAAAGAUAAUUCGAUAAAAGUUAUAGAUUUUGGGUUUGCAGCAAAUUUAAAGUUUGGAUCAGUCAGCAGUGUAUGUGGUACUCCAGGAUAUUAUGCUCCAGAAGUAUUGAGAUAGAAGGAAUCAAGCUUUAAUUCAGAUAUGUUUAGCGUUGGAGUUGUUUUAUUCAAUUUGUAAAGUAUUCUCAUAACCAAUAGAAUAACAAAUCAACCCAUGUUAAAAUCAAAAAUGUAUAAUGCCUAAUAAUAUGUUGCUGAUGAAGAAGCAGCAGAUCUUUUGAAGAAAAUGUUGGAAGUGGAUCCAAUUACACGAAUUACUGCUUCACAAGCUUUGGACCAUCCCUAUUUCAAGGAUGAAAUGGAGAAAAAUAUUGAUGAAAAGUAAGAUUGUUAAUUUUCAUCAGAAGACCGAAUUCCACUACAAUAGCAAUAAGUAAAUAUUCAAUAAUAUCAGAUUAGAAAAUUAAUAAAUGCCCAGUUGCUAAAACAAUGAAAUCUCUCAGAACUACUAAUAUUAUUGA